UCUUGUACUGGUGCUCUCUGUAUAUAGCUCCCUUCUUUUGUAUUUUAUUUUUAUUCCUUGUGUUUUAGAUUUUAAGCUCUGCAUCGUUGGGAAGGGCUCUGAGCAAGUAUUUCAUGGUAAAGUCUAAAGCAGGUGUAUUAGGCGCAUGCGAGAAAUACAAUUUGAUUUGAUCAUACUAAUUUGAGUGUCGUGUAUUUAUGUUUACUGUUACCUCUACUCUACGAGACCAGGCUGGACUGCACAGCAGCCAUAUAAUCGCCCACGCCCUCCAUACUCUGGCACUGUAUCAGCCAAUGACUGUAUAUACGAAGGUAUCAGCACGCUAGGCCACUUCGCACCUCCUUGCGGGAUAGCCUAUGCUGUAUCAGGACAGGACGUCACGGCUUUGACCUAGGGCAAAGAAGCACGAGUUACCCACUUCCAUCAGUAGGGAUGUAAGUCUAUACCACUACUCACAGUGGUCUUUGUUGAAAUUUGGCACGCAGAGCAUCUGAACGUACUUCAGUUUACCGGGCUGAGCACACACGAGCCAGCAGGUGCCAUGGAGUCGCAUCUCUCUGCCACCGCAUAUCUCGUCCUAGCAUUGGUCUCCACAACCUCUGGGUUCUUCUGGACUCCCCGGGGUCCUCAGAUGUACCCCUGCCUCACCUACAUGGAGCGCAACCUGCGGGUGGACUGUGAGUUCCCUGUGGAAGACAACCCUGCACACCUAGGCCCCUACUGCGAGUACAAGCAGGACAGCCGACUGGUGGGCAGCACCUACCCCAACGCUGUGUCCCUGGUGUCCACAGACAACCGGAGGAGGGCCAACGUGAGCCUGGUCAACCCCACCGUGUGUCGCCUCACCUGGGCUCCGAUGGCGGACGAUAAGCCCUACACCUACACCUGCAGGGUGUACCAGGGGUCUACCUGGAAGGAGAACAGCAUGGCCGUACACCAGCGAAUUCUUCCAAUCUGUUCAGCCCUCAGCGUGAUGUUCCAUACCGGGCUAUUUCUUCUGUCCCUUGUGAUGUCACUUCCUGUAACUACGGGUCUCCUCUCUCCCUGACCUCCUUCCAAUGUACAGAUAGCUAGAUGUUAUUAAAUGUUUUUAAACAGAUUUUCAUAUCAUUAUUAUAGUUCACAAUAAUAACUACAAUUUACUGAGAUCAUAGACAAUGUGUAAUGAGUGUGAAACAGUGGUACGUUGGAGGCUGUGGCUCCAUAUUCACUGUUUUCUGACCACUUCAAUGAUCACUUCAAAAACUGAUCCAUCAGACUAGUUCUUAUUCUGUACUAUCUAUUCUCUAUACUUUAGGCUUUGCUUUUGGAGCAUCAGUUGAGAAUCCUAUCAAACAAUUUCUUUAUAUCAGACAAACUUUCAGGACUUCCAGACUUUCACGCUCAUAUCAGCCCUUUGGCUCAGGUAUGCUAGUACUGGAAUGGAUGGUCAUAUCCUAAAGAGAUUCACAAUGGCUAUGUUUACACAGGCAGACCAAUAGUGAUAUUUUUCCACUAAUCGUUUUUUUUAAACAAUCAGAUUAGUUAAAAGCAGCCUUUGUGUAAAGAUAUAUAUAAUUAUAUAUCUUUUUUUAUUUUACCCUAACACUACCACCCCUCCCCUAAUUGGAGUAAACUAGUGUUCAACAAAACUUAGGCUUCUACUUCCAGUUUAUACAUACUAUAUACAUUUUACGGACACAGUAUAUUUUACAAUAGUUAUCUUGUUAUUUUUAGUACAACCCUUCAGCUUCAUUCAACCCCUCCCAUCUAUCUCUGAACACCCUCAGGUUUUUUGCAGAGUUAGCUCCAAGUAAAUGUUGCAAUUCUUCAGUACCAAAACAAAUUAUCUAAUGAUUCUGUCUCUUCACAGCAAAAUCUGCAGAGCUGGGAUGGUUGUAUAAUAAUUUCAAUUAUUUAACUAAGUUUUGAAUCCAGCGUAAUUGUAUGUAAUGAUCAUGCUGUUUAAUCAGCUUCUUGAUAAUACACACCUGUCAAGUGGAUUGAUUAUCUUAGCAAAGGAGAAAUGCUCACUAAUAGGAAUGUAAACAAAUUUAUGCACAACAUUUGAGAGAAAUAAGCUUUUUGUGCAUAUGGAACAUAUUAGAUCUUUUAUUUCAGAUAAUGAAACAUGGGACAAACAUUUUACAUGUAGCUUUUAUAUUUUUGUUCAGUGUAUAUUGCACAGCUGUAUAUUUUUUGCUCCGUAAAUGAAGCUGGUCUACUUUUUUUAUUCAAUCACAAUUUUCAAUAACCAAUUUUGGUCUUUAAUGAAGGGGCGACAGACAAGUUUGCAAACGCAGCCUUUGUGAAUCUCUUUAGGACAUGAUCACCCAUUCCCAUUGUAGCAUCCCUGUAGCAUUGACGAGAUAGUGGGGGGUGAAAAGUAAGGCCAACACUACCGUAUCAGAGUGUGUAUUUGGCUCACAGCCCCUGAUUCUGGGGCACUUAAAGCUGCAAUAUUGUAUGUAACUUUUUGGGGGACCCAACCAAAUUCACAUAGAAACGAUUUCUAUGCUUCCCGUGCUUAAGUUUAUAUUUGUAUCUUUUACGUUUGGUUUUGUACACCAGCUAUAAAGAGCUGAUUAUACAUUAUUUUUUUACUUUAAAAAUCACAGUAUUUCAGAUGGUACAAUGAUUAUCAAUACUUGUUUUGGCACAUAAACUGAAAUUAGGGCAACUAUAAUUUUAGUAACCAGGAAAUGGCAGAGGGAUUUCUGCCUAUUGCACCUUUAAGGAUUUCCUCUGAAUUACCAUUAAGAUAAUGGAUGAAAUGGAAAUGAAAGUUGGAAGUUGACAAUCCCAUGCUAUUGAUUGGCUAAAAUAUUUACGUGUCAGGUGGUAUGUUGUAACUAUUCAAUAAUUGGUUAAUGAUCAACUCUUGCCUUUUAUUUCAAUCUCAAAGUAUUAAGAAACCUUUCAUAGACGCAAAGAAAUCUGAUGCUCUCUCUAGUUUGAAAGUUUUGUUUACAUUUUGUCAUUCCCACAUGUUCUUGUAGAUUUCAUACAGUAGAAGCUUGAGCUUAGCUAAAUUGUAUAUCAAAGGAAACAUUACUCUUAGUGAUAUCCCCUGUAUUGCAUAAUUACCGAUUGCUGAUUAGCCAUUGAAAGUUCAAGACAUGUCAUGACUGUGUUAAAUGUUUUGAUACUCAGCUUCACAUGGCACAUUAUUAGUUAUUGUAAUAAUGUAUUAAAUCCAUAGGCAACAAUUAUAUUCAACAUUUUGUAAUGUUAUUUUUUAGAAAAUGAUUAAGUGGAAUUGCUUACAGAUGUAUCUUGCCAAAAAUGAUUGAUCAAAUUGUACUUUCACUGCACCAUAGCAUUAUUUUGGAAAUAAUUAUAUAGGUUAUUACAAGUAAAAGUAUUUCAUAUGCUUUGCAGAUUAAAAAAUUAUUGUAGCAAUUUUUUUUAGGACUCAUCAUGGAGGUCAUUCUAGAUCUUUGUCCUCAAAAACCUCCAAUCACUGUGAAUGAGAUCAGAGUCUAGAAGACCACACUGAAUUUGAGGCUGUUUUAGGACAAGCACAAAUGAUAGAAAAGCUAUUUAGAUAAUAAGAUCAGGUGGUGAAUGAAUGAGAUAGUUAAUUUGAUUUACUACCAUAACUAACUAAAUGUUUCUGGACAAAAAAAUGAUUAACUGAAAUUAGCACUUGAAAUGGACCAGGGUCUCUGAUACACACUACCAUCACGUGUCCUGAUAGUAGUUAGUAAGUUGAUAGUUUGUUGAUGUUAGUUUUUAGUAUGUGCAGAAUGAAAGAACAUGUAGAUGGGUUAAAUAUGUCUUGUUGAUGAUGUCAUUAGCUGCUUUCCAUUCUCUUCCUUUUUCAUUCGAAUGCUCUUAUUGCUCCCACGCACAGCUCACACUGGCACUGCACUAGCUAUUUGCACAUGCUUCAAGUGCCUAGGCUUUUUGAAUGCUGCGUUAUUGUUCAUAUCAGUAUCUGUGUCCUUGCAGACAAGUCUGCUUCUCUUACACGGCACACCUUACUUAGCACAUAUCCUGUGUGCUGUACCUUUUUGUUUUUGUCACCACGCACUGAAAUCUCAUUGUAGUUUGACUGCUUUGCAAAGUGGGAUUUGUGAAUGUGAUGUGUACACAUUAGUUUGCCAAACCAGUGUUUUCUCUCCUUUCUUUCUUGCCACUGAAUGUGUACAAAAUGCAAUAGCAAGAAAUAAAGGUAUAACAGUAAAAAUUGUA